UUCGCCAAAGCCACACGCACCCACCAAAUUUUAUUAUUCUACUUUGGCCAGCACCUCCUAGUACUACUAGCUAGGAGUCGCCGCCAUGGCGCUCCUCAUCCGCGCGCCGCUCACCUCCUUCGACGACGACGACGGCGGCAGCGGAAGCGACGAGUACGGCUCCUCGCUCUCCUCCGGCGCCUCCUCCCCGUCCCGCUCCCCCUCGCCCCCCACCCCGGCGGCGCCGCGCCCGCGGGCCGCCGCCCUCCUCGGCGCGCCGCGCGUGGCCGCGCAGCUCUCCUCCUCGGCCUCGGACGACGGCCGCAGCGACGGCAGCGACCUGUACGACGACGCCGCCGACGGCCUCGGGGAUGAGGUCCUCGAGGAGGUCUCCAACGGCUUCUUCCGCAUCGCCAGGGUGCCCCCGCCGCUGCCGUCCCCCUCCGACGAGGACGGCCCGAUCUCCUCCUCGGGCGACGACCCCCCCGCGUCGGCCUCCGGGGAGAGCGAGUACUUCGGCGCCACGGAGGGCUCCUCGGACGAGGGCUUCUCGGCCGCCACGAGCGCCGCCGGCGACGUCUUCGAUGCCGGCGCGCCGACCGGCAAGGGCGCCGAGGGGUCGCUGGACGGGAGCUUCCUCAGCUCCAUGAGCGCGCUGGACGACGGCGCGUUUGCUGAUUCGCUGAAUCUCUCGGAUGGUUCUUUGAUGAAGGUUGUUGGUGCUGAGGCUGUUGACGAUGUGGUGCCGCCUGAGCCUUCCGUUGGUGGCGACGCCGGGAGCAUUGAUGAUGGCGGUGUGCGCAUUGCAGAUGCUACCGAGGGGAAUGCUGGAGAGCAGCCUGAGCAGGAGGUUGCUGAAUCGGCUCCUGGUGUGAAUUCUACUGAAGAAGAAGAAUAUGCCAGUCUUGAAUUUCUCGAACCCAAUGCUACAGAAGCAGAAGGUACUGGUCCUGAACUUGGCAAUUCUGACUCUGAUGCAAAAGAUAACACGCCCGGGCAUGUAGUUCUCACACAUGCUGAAGACGCCAGUCCUGAACAUGUUGCCACAAGAGAUGCUACUGUUCAGCUUGCAGAGGUUCAUAACAGUGUUGAUAGCCCACAUCCGUAUGCUGACGGUCAGAGUAAGAUAGGUGGGGAAACUCAUGGUCAUUAUGAAGCUUCUGAUGAUCCUGCGUCCGCACCAACCUUUGGGACUGGCAAUGCUAUGGAAUUCCCUGGGAAGGAAACAGAGGACGAUGUGCCUGCUUCCAAGGGCACACGCUUUGGUUUGGAUGAUUCAGACGAGGACCAGUUGAGUGAUGACUACGAAGAGGACGAGUUGAGCGGAAAGGAUGUUGAGCUUUUUGAUUAUGCAGCUUUAGCCGAGCUUCUGAGGGCGGCCAACACAUCACCUGCACAAGGCAAGGCCAAGGUCUUUCCAUUUGAAAAUUCCGAGUCCGUGCAACCUUCUCCUACCGUGGUCAGCGUUCCUAGGACAAGCGUGGCUUCUGCUCCUGCGUCGGAUGUGGUUGCUGACCCGGAGAGUGCGAUGACUGACGAGGAGAGGAAGCUGUACGCAAAGGUGGACAUUGCACGCAUCAAGUAUUUACGUCUCGUGCAUAGAGUAGGGUAUGACACCGAACAUCGGGUGCCUAUACAAGUGCUGUAUCGGCUUAGUCUUGUUGAAGGCUUCAGGCGCAUAAGGAUGGCAGACCAUUCCUUGGAGCUUGAGAAUGCCUGGAACAGGGCUUUGCAGCUUGAGGCGGAGGGAAUAGAUAACUUGGAAUUCUCCUGCAAUGUGUUGGUCCUUGGGAAGACAGGGGUGGGGAAGAGUGCAACCAUAAACUCCAUCUUUGGCGAGGAUAGGUCAGAUACGAAUGCUUUUCUGCCAGCAACAUGUACCGUGAAGGAGAUUGCUGGAGUUGUUGGUGGUGUUAAAUUUCGUGUUAUUGACACUCCAGGACUUGGGACUACAGUUAUGGAUGAAAAAUCAAAUAGGAAAGUGCUCAAGUCUGUUAAAAAGUACAUGAAGAAAUGCCCGCCUGACGUCGUUUUGUAUGUCGAUCGGAUCGAUACGGAACGGCAGGGUGCAAAUGACCUAUCCCUAAUGCGAUGUAUGACCAGUGUGCUAGGCCCAUCAAUAUGGCAGAAAGUCAUUAUCACUCUUACUCACUCAGCAGCAGAUCCUCCUGAAGGACCCAGUGGCUCCCCAAUGAACUAUGAGAUGGCCGUGAACCAUCGGACUCGUGCGCUGCAGCAAAGCAUCCGGCAGACUACUAAUGACGCACGGACGGAGAAUCCAGUGGCUCUUGUGGAGAACCAUCACCUUUGUGAGAGGAACAUGGAGGGUGAAAAGGUGCUUCCUGAUGGCCUUAUUUGGAGGCGUCUGCUCCUGCUCCUAUGUUACUCACUGAAGACGGUUGCUGAGAUUGAUAGUCUUUCAACCCGCCGUGCUGCUUCUGCAAGCCUCUUUGGUGUCCGUCUUCAGACUCCUCCACUUCCUUACUUUUUGUCAUCUUUGUUGCAAUCUAGAGAGCACCCCAGGCAUGCAAGCGAACAGAAGCUUGAAAGCGUGGACUCAAAUGCUGAUAUUGAUGAAAUGGUUGAUGAGGAUCAAGAGGAUGAAGAAUAUGACUAUGAUCAACUUCCUCCCUUUAAGCCAUUAAGUAAAUCACAGGUUGCAAAACUCUCCAAAGAGCAACAGAAAUUGUAUUUUGAUGAGUAUGACUACCGAACCAAGCUUCUUCAGAAGAAACAGUUGAAGGAACAACGCAGAAGAUUAAAAGAAAUGAAGAAGAGCGAGGGCAAUAAUCAUGUUGUACCUGAGAACAAUGAUCAUCCUGAUGAUGAGUAUGACAACGAUAGAUCUCCUAUGCCAGACUGGGCCUUGCCAUCCUCAUUUGAUUCCGAUGAUCCAGUAUACCGUUAUCGGUGUCUUGAGCCUACAGCGAACCUUCUCGUACGUGCUGUUACCAACCCUGAAGGAUGGGAUCAUGAUUGUGGGUUUGACGGUGUCAGCCUCCAGUACAGCCAUGAUAUUGCCAAUUCAUUUCCAGGUUUGCUGUGGGUCCAAGUCAACAAGGACAAGAGAGAAUUUAGCAUUAAUUUGGAGUCCUCAAUAUCAGCUAAGCAUAGCGAGUAUGCUUCAACCCUUGCAGGCUUUGACAUACAAGCCAUGAUGGACCAGCAUGCUUACACUCUCAGAGGGGAAACCAAAUUCAAGAAUGCCAAGAAAAAUGCCACUACUGGAGGUUUGUCCAUGACUUCAGUGGGUAACACCAUGGUGACAGGAGCGAAGUUUGAAGACAAGUUUUCAGUUGGUAAUUGGUUAACACUGAUAGCAAACGCUGGUGCUGUGUCCAUGAAAGGUGAUACUGCAUACGGACUGAAUAUGGAAGCGAACCUGCUUGAAAAAGACUAUCCCAUGGGUCAAGGUAUUGCAACUCUGGGUGCAUCCCUGGUAAGGUGGCAUAAAGAAUGGACUAUGGCUGCAAACAUGGAUUCCCAGUUCUCUGUUGGAAGGACUUCAAACAUGGCAGUUCAUGUUGAUAUGAACAACAAACUAACUGGACGAGUGAGCAUCAAGGCCAACAGUUCAGAACAUCCAAAGAUUGCUCUACUAGGUAUCUUUUCGGUGGCAAUGUAUCUGUGGAACAGGAUGCAUCCUUGUGCAGAUCCUGAUUAUGAGUAGCAGCACCGGUUAGUAGUUAGCACUGUAGUUUUGAUUUCCUAACAUUUUUAUUCUGUUACUUGUCCCUCUUGUUCCAGUUUGUAGUUCUAUUAAACUACAGCUUCUUCUGUUCCUUGUAUGUCUAUUUGUUUUCACCUAGCUGUAAAAUUUAUGCACAUGUAUGUGCUAAAUAACACUGAGUAGAUGCCUACGUUUUUGUUGCUCAUGCUGGCGAUAAAUAGUCCUGUUAUGUAUUCAUGAAAAGUUGGCCAUGUCGUCGUGGUCGUGUAACUAUCUUCCUGUUAAGAUACCAAUUCUGGUUA